CGUUACGUCAGGAAAAGACUACAAGGUUGUACCCAGUGGCUAAAUGUGCUUAGCUAGGUUUAACAUAUUUUGUCACUGUAAAAGCAGAUUUCUUUUCGGAUAAAAACUGACUUGUUUUGCUCCGUAACUUGCACACAGGGAAGGCUGAACUUAACCCCUCCAGUUUGUUGGAAGGCGUCAGCCUGCACUGAUGACGGCUGAGCGAGACGAAGACUUUCUGGAAGAUCGACAGGAAAAUGGAGUCGAGACAAACCAUUACAGCUCCAUACCUCCUUCCCCCUCCCCUGAGGACCAGGACGAAGCCUUCUCCACAUACUUUGAGCAGAAGGUGCACAUUCCAGAUACUGGCAACCAGAUAUUUAGUUUCCGUAAACUCUGGGCCUUCACUGGACCAGGGUUUUUGAUGAGCAUCGCUUAUUUGGAUCCAGGGAACAUCGAGUCAGAUUUACAGUCUGGAGCCAAAGCUGGCUUUAAGCUCCUAUGGGUGCUUCUUGGAGCAACCAUUAUAGGGUUGUUGCUGCAGAGGUUGGCCGCUCGCCUUGGGGUUGUCACGGGGAUGCACCUGGCUGAAGUCUGUAACCGCCAGUACCCAAUCGUUCCACGAAUCCUCCUUUGGCUGAUGGUUGAAUUGGCGAUUAUCGGCUCCGACAUGCAGGAGGUCAUCGGCUGUGCUAUAGCUUUCAACCUUCUCUCUGUGGGCAGGAUCCCACUGUGGGCAGGAGUUCUCAUCACCAUCACAGACACAUUUGUCUUCCUCUUCUUAGACAAAUAUGGCCUGAGAAAACUUGAAGCUUUUUUUGGCCUUUUGAUCACCAUUAUGGCUAUAAGUUUUGGUUACGAGUAUGUAAUUGUGAAACCGGAUCAAGGAGAGCUUCUUAAGGGAAUGUUUUUGCCCUACUGUGCGGGCUGUGGGCCCGUCCAGCUGGAGCAGGCGGUGGGAAUCGUGGGUGCCGUCAUCAUGCCCCACAACAUUUACCUGCACUCUGCGCUUGUCAAGUCUCGGGAUGUCGAUCGCAAAAACAAAAAGGACGUAAAAGAAGCCAACAAAUACUUCUUUAUUGAGUCUGCAGUCGCUCUCUUCGUCUCCUUCCUCAUCAACGUUUUUGUUGUGGCCGUCUUUGCCGAAGCCUUUUUUAAUAAAACCAACAUGGACGUGAAUGCUAUGUGCAACGCAACCGGGAGCCGUCACACAGAUCUCUUCCCUAUGAACAACGACACGCUGGAGGUGGACAUUUACAAAGGGGGGGUGGUGCUGGGCUGUUUCUUUGGGCCAGCCGCUCUCUACAUCUGGGCUGUUGGGAUUCUGGCAGCAGGACAAAGCUCCACCAUGACAGGAACCUACUCUGGACAGUUUGUGAUGGAGGGUUUCCUGAACCUGAGAUGGUCUCGUUUCGCUCGGGUGCUGCUGACACGUUCCAUCGCCAUCAUACCAACCCUCCUGGUCGCCAUUUUCCAGGAUGUCCAGCAUUUGACGGGGAUGAAUGACUUCCUUAAUGUGCUUCAAAGCUUGCAGCUUCCUUUUGCUUUGAUCCCAAUUCUGACCUUCACCAGUUUGACCUCCAUAAUGAAUGACUUUGUUAACGGACUCGUGUGGAAAAUUUCCGGUGGCAUCCUCAUCCUCAUGGUUUGCGUGAUCAACAUGUACUUUGUGAUCGUCUAUGUGACGGCGCUGAACAGCGUGCUGCUCUACGUUCUUGCUGCUCUAAUCUCCGUGGGAUACCUGUGCUUUGUAGCGUACCUGGCAUGGCACUGUCUCAUAGCCUUGGGGGUUUCCUGUCUGGACUGUGGCAGCAGGCUGCAAAGAGGUCUGCGGCGUCACACAGACGUAUACCUGCUGAACGACAUGGACUGUGACAUGCAGGUGGACAGGUGAAAGGACAGAUCCUGCAGCCACGAUGGUUGAACAGAAGGACCGGUGAAGCUUGGGCCGUACGUUGUCACCGUCACUGCUCUGUGCCUGAUGUGAAGUGUCCUUCUAAGAGCAUUCUCAGACGUUUGAACCAGCAGGGGACUGUUCCUCCAGUAGCUUUUAAAGACAAGAUUUUAAAGAGGAAAUGGUAAAAAGCUUAUCUCUUAUUUGGGACACAUCAUGGUUACUGUGACGCCACUAAAAAUCCCAACAUACCUGAUCAAGAAUGACAUUCUAGUGAGAGCUGCCAAAUAGUUUCAACAGUAGAAAAAAUGUUCAUAAAUAGACUAUUUAUGACUUUAAAGACAGUUCUGAUUAACAGCCUUCGAGGGUUCAUUUUAGCUGCACUUGGUGCCUUAUAUAAAAUAUAUAUAUUUUUUUAAAUGGUUUUUAUUUGCAACCUUCAAUUUCUUUCCAUAGUUCCUGGGUUGGUUUGAAAUCCAUUUAAUCAAACCAAACUAAGACCAGAUGCUGAUAUUCUUCCAAAUCCAAACUUUUUUUUUAUCUGGAGAAAACUUAUCAGUUUAUGCCUGACUGUAUUUUUAGAGGAUUCCCAGUCUUUCAAUGGGGCCAAGAACCUUUCAAUCUUUUUACCAAAGUUUUUCAUGAAUCUUUAUAGGACUGUUACAUUUUGAUGUUCUAACUGAUAUUUAAUGUAACUUCAUUAAUUAUUGUAAUAAAUAGGUAUUUAUGUGGGUCUCUGACCUUUUUGACACAUUUUAUUGGGAUUAAAAAGAGCAAAUAUGUAUCUUAUGCAAAAAGGCCCUUGCCAUAAUUUAAGUUUAAUUUAGAUUUAUUUUUUAACUGUCAUGAAAAGUUAAAUGUAUUUAUUUGAAUGAGUAAUAAUAGAGGUUUCACAAUUUAAUAAACACACUACUUCCAGUAAUAUAAUUUAAAAGAUUUAAGGAUUAAACGUCCUGUGUGGUAGCUUUGCUGCUUCAAAAUAAAAGAGCUAUCUUAUACAUACAGAGGCAGAAACAUGAUUUGUCGGUCACAGAUCUGCAAAUAGGAGUAAGAAAGAUUUUUGUAAUAUUCAUCAUAGGUAAACUUCAACUGUUAAACAAUAUUUAAAAACAAAAAGAAUCCAGAAAUUCACAUUGUCUGAUUUCUGAAAAAAAUUAUUUGAAAAAUGGUUUAGAAGAAGUAUUUAGCUCUUACAAACAACCUAGAAUUGUAUCCCUCACAGACAUGUUCCUUCUUCUCUGAGCUCUUUAUCCUCCUCUUGUUGCCUGUAUUAAUGUCACGUGUUACAAAAAAGGUUAUCUGUAUAAAAACACCUGUCCACACACUAGAAACACUCAGACUACAACCUCCCCAACAUGAACAAGACCAAAGAGCUGUCAGAGGAUACCAGGAACAAGAUUGUAGACUUGAUCGAGACUGGGAUGAACUAAUCUAUAAUAAGCUUGGUGAAAAGAAAUCAAACAUUAAAGUCUAAGUUUAAAUCAGCCACAAACAUCUUACAGAGAAUGAAGAUUCAAUCAAAUAAAAUGGCCAACCUGCUGAGGAUGUUUCAGCUCUGAGGAAACUUGUAAAAGGGAGAUUAAGGGUGAAUUAGGCAGGCAGCUGAGAAACACAGAGAAUGUUCCUGUGUUAAAAAUAAAUACUAAAUGAAUCAGGAUUUAUAAAAAAACUAAAUAUGAGAAAUCUUUCUGCUUUGAAAGAUAAUCUGAGCAUGUGUUGAGUUCUCAAUGUUAUAAUGGCAUUCUAUGGAGAAAAAAAAACUGUAAUUUUAUUGAAUCUUUACAAAUCAGAAACAACUUCAACAAAUCAACAAUUCAUCUUCACUGAAUCUUUGCCAUCUGCAGAAAAAAAAUGUACUAAAGUUUUCAGAUUUUGUCCUUAAACUAACUUUCUUGUAGUAGCAUUUUAACGUGAAAAAUAGGUUUUUCAGAAACCGGAAGCUAAAAAAUAUUAAAUGUUAACUUUGGACCCGUACAGACCUUCCGUGAAAAUAUUGUCAGACAUUAAACCGGUCUGUGGACUGAAAAAAGUUUGGGACUACUGCAAAAGAGAAUCUGUGGAGGGAGUUGAAACACUGUUCCCCAGUAUUUCAACUCCCCAAAACGUCAGAGCUUUAGAGAAGAUCUGUAUGGAAGAAUGGACCAAAAUAGUAGUUACAUUCAUUGUAAACCUGAUGCAGACCUAAAGGAAACAGGAAAGGGUUGAGGGGGGGAGCUUUUGUUGUUGACCAAAUUCUUGGAGCCACCAUACAAAUAAAUUCUUUAAAAAUCUGUCAAAGUGAAUUUUCUGGAUUCUUUUUUGACACAGUUGAAACGGCCAGAACAACUUGAAGAAUAAGUGACUGACAAAGACUUUUUAGCCCCAUAAUAAUAUCAUCACCAGAACACUGAAAGCCUUUAGUUACUUUUACAGAUGUGCUUUUUUUUGUUUUGUUUUUUAAAGUCAUGUUGUGUAGCAAUGAGUGAAGGGCAGAACAAAAACUUGAGAGGCUUUUUCUGAUGCCAGAGUCUCUGCAGCCAAAGUUUUACUGAGUAGAAUGAACUUCUUGGUUUUUUUACAGUUUGAAUUUUUUUCUUCUAAAUCAAUUUUAAAGGCUGUCUGUAUUUGUACUUUAGUUCAUGGUUGAGUGUAAUAUUUUUUUGUAUGAAAUAUGUUAUAAAAUACUAUAAAAUAUUUUGAAAUUUGAAAAUAAAGCAAAA